AUGGACGCGUCGGCCUACAUCAAGGAGUUGAAGCAGAAGGUGGUGAGGCUGAACCAGGAGAUUGCCUGCGCGCAAGACGCGCUGAGACACAAGUCGUCCUAUCCGACGGUGACCGUGGAAACCCUAGGAGUGCAGGGGUCGUUCCUCGUCAACGUGUUCUCCGACAAGAGCUGCCCGGGGCUGCUCGUCUCCGUCCUGGAAGCCUUCGACGAGCUGGGGCUCAGCGUCCUCCAGGCCACCGCCUCCUGCGCCGACUCCUUCCGCCUCGAGGCUGUGGGCGGAGAGAACGUGGCGGACAACGUGGACGAGCACGUCGUGAAGCAGGCCGUCCUGCAGGCCGUCAGGAACUGCUCCGAGAGCGGCAGCGAGCAGGACGAGGAGUAG